AUGUCCUACCAAAUCGCCUACGACACUGCCCGCGCACCUCCCCGCGGCGCCGCCCUCAUCGCAUUCAUGGAAGACUUCUACCGCACCAGCGACACAGAGUCCUUGCACGAGAAGUAUGUCCAGAGCUUCACAGAGGAUGCGACCCUCAUUAUGGGUCCUAAGGAGGCGAAGGGUGCCAGUGAAAUUCUGCCCCUCCGCCACGGUCUCUGGACUCACGUUGCCGCACGCCGACACACACCUACACGAAUCUUCUUCAGCGGCGACAAUGAGAUUAUGUUGUACGGUGGUGUGAACUAUAGGCUCAAGACUAACCCCGACAAUGAAGUCUAUGUGCCUUGGGCUGGACGGGUUGUCUUUGCGCCUCAGAAGGAGGGUGAGGAUGUUAAGAUGCAGUUCUAUCAGGUUUACUUGGAUACUGCCGCUCAGUCCGGAAAGAAAUAA